UUAUUUAUUAUUCGAUUUAACAACAAUAAUGUUAUUCUUAUUAUCAGGUUUCAGAAGUUAAACGGUUGAUUUAGUUGAUUACUCGAUUAUAAAAAAUUAUAAAACAAAGACACUAUUUAUAUUAAUACAUAUUACAUAUUAAUAUAUAACACACAAUGAGUUUAAGCAUCAAAUCUAAGAUGAUUGUAUUUGCUCUUAAUUCGUUAAUAUUUGUUACCUCUGUUGUAUCAUACUAUGGGUUUAAAGGCAGUCAAGAUUCAACACAUUACUUGACAAUUCAUUCAGGAAACAUUAAUCUUCAAGUAAAGAAUGAAGGUUAUCACAGAGUUCUCCAUACAACCAUCACAGCCGAUUAUGAAACAUCAAAUCGUAAAGACUGUGCAGUUACAUUACGCUAUGAUUUUCCAGCUGAUAUCUAUGUAGACAAAUAUGAGCUGGCUACCAUUGCCUUGAAUCGCAAAGUGGAAUUUUAUGUUGACAACAAAUUUAUUGAUGUAGAAACACCAGCUCAUAAAUCUGAUCCAUUUGUUCUCUAUGUUGUUAAUUACACACUUCCAGACACAGCAAAUAAAUUGACAGAAAUGGAAUUCCCCAUUCAUUUAAGAUACCAAAAAGCUGCUGAAGAUAGUCGUUACAAAGAGGUUCGAUUUGGUGAUGCUUAUUCAGAUGUCCAAAUGUUAUACUUAUGUAAAGGAUCAAAAAAUUCUAAUUGGAAAAAAUUUCCACUUAAUUCUGGUGAAUGGAUUCCUGCCAGUUAUGUAAAAGUUAACAAAGAUGUGGUAAUGUAUGUACCAGUUGGUAAUACCAAUAAUUUUCCAUUGGUGAGUAUCAUUACACAUGGUUUUGUAUUGUUGGGCACAUAUUACAUUCUACGUCGUUUAAUGGUUACUCCGUCACUAGAUAAUUUUUUUAUCAAAAUUUCACCUAUUGAAUAUUAAACUAAUCAUAAAAAUACUGGCUGUAAGCUCAUUA